AUGGCUACCAACGCUGGAUUUCCAACCCUAAAGCCUGCCUUUACGGCAUUGUUGAACAUCGCCCCGGGAUUGCCAGUCGGUACUCUGAGCGCUGGGCAAAACCUUACUUGGGUCAACAUCCUCUCAGGCACCCUUGUUUCCGAGCCAGACUACCCUGUUAAGGUUAAUGCAACCCUGGUCUCUGGUGCCGACUGGAUUCAUGGAGACCCGGAUGGGAAGAUCCAACGUCUUGACGUAAGGAGCAUCUUCAAGACCGAUGAUGGAGCUUUGCUCAACUUCUCCUACCUCGGAGCGAUCCAUAUGGAUUCAGAGAUUGCCAGCAUUUUCCAAGGAACGGCAAAACCAGGAUUGAUAACUUCCUGGCGUGGUGUUACCCAUAAGUUCCUUCAGACUGGUACCGAGGCAUAUAAGAGACUCGAAAAUGAUGUUUUCAUUGCUGUUGGAAGGUUUCAUGUCAAAGAGGAUGCCGUUGUUGUUGAAUACAAGAUCAGCUAUGUUGAACAUGAAUAG